AUGUCCUCUACAGCUGUGCCAGACCCGAGCUCAAGCGGGCAAGGCAACGAUGACAAUACUGAAUUAAUUGUCGCGGUUGUUGCACUCGUCAUCUCUGUCUUAGCCUUCGUCAUAGCCAUCCUCCAGGCUCUCCAGCAAUAUCUUGCGACCGCUACCGGCUUCACAUCUUGCAGCGAGGCCGUCAUAGGGAAAUGGUCUCAAUUUGCUCGUCGUCAAAUGGUCUGGACUGAAUUUCGCUUCGAGGUACAAUUUGAGACUCCUGUCAUCUUUGUCGCGAAACCGAGCAAUACCAGAGGCCCUCUGGGCGAUGAUGCUCUGGCCAAGGAUGAAAACAGAAAAAUAAUUAGGUUGGAUGGUAGUAACGCCAACUUCAAAUACACCGAUACUGUCAAGGAAUAUGAUGACAAUUAUAAAAAGAGCACACAGCAAGUUGUGCAUACGGCUGACAAUGAGAAAGCUACUUGGUGCGCUCUUCUCAUGGCCAUUGUUCGGAUGGAAAAGGAAUCUCGCGAAUGGCAGGGCAAGAAAUCAGGAGAAUGGCGCAAGGCAACUGGUCCUCGCCCGCCACUUGAUAGCCCAGUACCCCCAGAGAGUCCUGAUGCUCACCACUCCCUGCUCGUCUGUAUGCAAAGAAAGAGACGUACGUGGGACAGCAUGCCCAAAGACUUUGCAAAACCUUAUGCCACCACCACAAUAUCUCACAUUGUCGAGAUUGCUGCCAUGUUAGGUAUCCAUUGGAGGCAGUUUGACUUGAACAAUGACCAGUACCGUGCCCAGGGGAACGGCUUUGUACUCUACGGCUCGUACACAGAUGGCCUUGGUAUAUGCUUCAAUUUUCAAAAGCAAGGCCCGACUUGGUUUGAGAAAAACCGCAUUGUACCCAGCUACAACGUCAAGCAGCUGUGUUUCGGUAUGGCGCCGACGAUAUUCUACCAAGAGCGCAAGGUAUACGCAGACGAGGCUAAAGGCGCCGAAAGUCUCCAAUUGGGAAGUCUUGCUGAGAUAGCAAAGACAUUGGUGGUAUUUGGUUGUGAUAUUAAUACGGUCAACUACUUCCGCAAAAACACGGAUCAGGCUCGUCACAGCCACCUCUUCGCCGUUCCAUUUGAAAUCCUCGGCAUGGUUGGGGAAAUGUUACACGUGAAGGAUACUGUAUUUCGUAUGCUUCCAAACCCGACAGUCUUCUUCUGGGACCCUAGUACCUUCUCUCUACCAACGCUACUGGCGGAAUACAUCACUUCAUUGCGGCUUCUACGAGAACAGUCUCUGACUGGCAGCGAACAAGUAAAGAGAAUACUUGAAUGGGCAGAAAAAGACAAGAAGUUCCCACUGGUGCGGAGCGAGGGAUCAACACUAGAUGUAUUUGGCGAAGACACCAACGGAGCCACAUUGGUCAACGGCCUCAACCAUCUUCGCAGCGGGAUCGAGUUGUGCGACGAGUACUUUGGAAAUAUGAGCAAACCAAGUUUGUCAAUGGUCAAAAAGGUCGUGCGUGUUCAUAUCCAAGAGGUCAUGAGCAUCCUGCACGAGAAGACUGAGUCUAACGAUAAAGUCAACAAUGAGACGACCGAAGAGGCAUUGGGCGAUGUACCUAUCACCAUCCAUGACAUUGACUCGGCGUCAGCGGAUGAAAGGGAAAGCCUACUGAUACAAAUGUACUUUUCUCGUAUACGGGGUACUGUUGUCCAGAUUGUGAACCAACACAGCCUUCUUGGCAAGUAUGCGAGAGCCAGAAAAGACUCGGCCGCUUCAGACACACGCGAUGUCAACUUCAAGCAUAUCCACAGGCAUGAGCCGAACGAAAUCAACGAAGUCUGGUGCACGCUUGUGUUUCGUAUGCUGUGUUGGUUACAACUGCAUGAUUUCCAUAAGAUGGAUUUGCACAUUAGCAAGAGUGAUGCUUAUGCAAGUCGAAUUCCAGUAUAUAUUAUCUGA